AUGGAGGGGAGGGCCGCGGCAGCACCACUCGGGUUGGUCGACAGCGGUAGUGGUAACGUCCAACGCUUGCUCAAGAAGGAGAACGCAAGACUCCAGGUGAUAAGGCUGCGGUCUGCCACUGCACCCGACAACGCCUCUCGCACCACCUUCACCGAAGGCGAAGAGGGGAGGCGCGAUGCUGUACACCCCGGUUCCCGCGGCGGUCGGGGGUCCGUGUCAACCCAGUCCCCCUCGCUGCACUCAGAGUACGGUGCCUGCGCUAACGACGAAGAGCGGCGAGGGGUUAAGGGGGCACCGCGGAAGGGGCCGGCACCCGAAGCGGUGGCGACGGGGGAUCUCCACUCGGAGGUGGCUCGGCUUGAGACGGUCGCCCUAUCCCGGAAGGACGAUGCCUUGGAGCGAGCCACGGCAGAGCACCGCGAGCGCGAAGCGAGGCUCGGAGACAGGGUUCGGGCGCUGGAGCGCCUGCAGGAGACUGCACGUCGCACCGUGCUCGACCGAGAGGAGCGGCUAAGGAAGGCGGAGGCAGCGGUAGCGGAGGCGCCGGUCACUGCCGCCGCCGCCGCCGCCGCCGCCGGUACGUCGCCCUCCUCCCCCCCCGUCAACGCCGAGCAAGGCGUGACUGGGUUCGAGGCAGCGCCCGCCGGGGUUCCUCCUCCUCCUCCUCCUCCUCCUCCUACCGGUGCUGAUGGCGGGGCUCUCCGCGGUGGGGCGGAGCCGGCGACAUCGGGAGGCCGCGGUCCCGCCGCAGAGGAGAGAGAAGCGGCGGAUUUCGCCGCCAAUGAGUGGUGGUUGCACCUGGCGGAAGCCGAGAAGAGGCGCGAGGAGAGGGAGGCUGCCGACAGGGCAAGCGUCGCCGCUCGUGGUGGUGGGGGCGUCGCCGAGGGUGGGGACGGGGCAGGAGGAAAAGAAGCGCGGCGGCUGCACCGGCUGCUCGAGGAGCAAGGGUUGGAGGUCGUAGCCCUGCGCCAGAGAGUGCUGAAAGCGGAGAUCGUUGCGAGGACCAGGGACAGCGGUCGUCACGACGAGGAGCGUUGGGCUAAGGAGGAGGCCAAGGAGCGUGGUGGGCUUAAGGGUGUCGGCGUUGAGGGCUCGUCGACGAAGACGCAGAAGCUCGUCGAGAGCGCGGUCCUGGCGGAGAUGGAAGGUCGGGUCGCGGAUCUUCACGCGCGGGGGGACACCCGCGAGGCGCUGAUGGUCGCGCGCGAGACGGUGUCGGCGCUGAAGCUGGCCUUGAUUCGGACGGAGGGGGAAGUCGAGCUUCACGCGCAGCUGUUGAGCGCGGUCCUGGCGGAGAUGGAAGGUCGGGUCGCGGAUCUUCACGCGCGGGGGGACACCCGCGAGGCGCUGAUGGUCGCGCGCGAGACGGUGUCGGCGCUGAAGCUGGCCUUGAUUCGGACGGAGGGGGAAGUCGAGCUUCACGCGCAGCUGUUGAGACAGUUGUAA